GGGAAAAGCAUGAAGAGAGAGAGAGAGCGUUCAUCCUCUAAGCCACAUUCAAUCCCCCAAGAAGUCACAAUCACCCCCACCAGAGGAGAGAAUCACGCAGGAGCACCAGCAAUAAUGCACUGCCCGUAGGAGGAGGAAAGAAGUGCAAAUCGCAGCUCGCAGUCCCCACCGUCGUCAUCCUCAACCCCGCGCCACCGACACUGCUGCCGCCACGCUCGGUGCCUCCCGCGGCACACAGCGAUGGAUCUCGCGCCGUGGAGGAACGCCAGCCGGACGCCCCGCCACGACAACAUUUCCCACGCGGCUCCCAAUGACACCGAUCGCCACGAGGGCACGGCGGCGGCGGCGGCGGCACGCGACGAGCGUCUCGCCGCGGCGGAGAUCGCCCUGCUCGCCGCCAUCGUCGCCGUCGCAAUCGCCGGCAACGGUUCGGUGCUGCUGGCGCUGAGCCGCACGCGCUGCAAGGCGUCGCGCAUGAACCUCUUCGUCAAGCACCUGAGCGUCGCCGACCUGGCCGUGGCCGCCUUCCAGGUUCUGCCGCAGCUCUCGUGGGACGUGACCUUCCGCUUCCACGGGCCCGACGCGCUCUGCCGCCUCGUCAAGUACCUGCAGGUGGUGGGCAUGUUCGCGUCCACCUACGUGCUCAUCGCGAUGACCGUCGACCGUUACCUCGCCAUCUGCCACCCGCUGAGCACGUUGCGCCGACGGGGCGAGCCGAGGAAGCAGGCGCACGUCAUGGUGGCCUGCGCGUGGGUGCUGAGCGCCCUGCUCAGCACGCCGCAGGUCGUCAUCUUCUCGCUGCAGGAGGUGGAGGAGGGCGUCUUCGACUGCUGGGCCGACUUCGGGCAGCCGUGGGGCAUGCGGGCGUACGUGACGUGGAUCACGGUGUCCGUGUACGUGGCGCCCGUGCUCAUCCUGGCGGCGUGCUACGGGGCCAUUCUGCUCGAGAUAUGCAGGAACCUGCGCCUCAAGACGCGUGGCCGAUACCCCAAGGACCCCCGGGGCUCGCAGUCUCAAUCGCCCGUGUGCUCGCGCGUGAGCAGCGUGCGCUGCAUCUCCCGAGCCAAGGUGCGCACCAUCAAGAUGACGCUCGUCAUCAUCGUGGUCUACGUCGUCUGCUGGACUCCCUUCUUCGUCAUCCAGAUGUGGGCAGCCUGGGACGAGACCGCACCAGACGACGACUCAUCCGACCCCACCUACACCAUCGUGAUGCUCCUUUCGAGCCUCAACAGCUGCACCAACCCGUGGAUCUACAUGUCGUUCAGCGGGCACCUCCUCGAGGAGGUUCUGGCGUGCUGCCGCCAGGUGCGGUGCCCUGCCACGUGCCGCCAGCAGCGGCGGCGGUGCCGAACGCCGACGAGGCGCGGGGCGGGCUCGCCCAACACGGAGCACGUGGUCUACGCGCUGUCGCCGGCACCUACGCAGUGCCGCAGCUCACCCGCCGCUGUCGCCACCGCCACCCCCGAGACGCGAAGAUCCGCAGCGCCGCUGUAGUCGCCAGCGUUACCGUAGCGCCAUCGCACCUCCGAUUACGGCGGCGAAAGAAGUUCAACGUACGUACGUUCGUGCUACGGUGUUACUGCACAUUCCCAAAAAAAAAGUUUUGCUGGCGUGCGGGAAAGCGAGCCUGCGCAGCGGUAACAUCAGAGCGCACGUUCUUGCGGACUAUCAUCACGCAUCCCAUGCCACCCACACUCCAUCUGCCCUGGGCUUUGGAUCCCGUGCGAACGCAUUGGCAGUGAUUGUUUUAAGAAAAGCAAAUCAAAGACUCGCCAUAGUCAAGAUUAAUCGGUAGGUACACUCGGCCCAAAACAGAAAACACACAGACGGCUGGUGUUUCAGGAAGAUGAAUGUGACAUUACUACUAUAAUGAGCCAAGAAUGUAUGUUUGUGUGUAAC